CCGAGGUUCAGUUCGCUAGGCCCGUUAGAGGCUCUGAUCUCCCCGGGUCAUGGGGCAGCCGGCUGCUGGCUCCAUUCUGACACUGCUGAGGGUGCUGCUCCUGCCUCUGGGACCUGCUCUCGCGCAGGACUCUCCCUCGGCUCCUACUCCAGGCAGUCCCCUCUCCCCCACCGAAUAUGAGCGCUUCUUCGCCCUGCUCACCCCCACCUGGAAGGCAGAGACCACCUGCCGCCUCCGCGCUACCCACGGCUGCAGGAACCCCACCAUCGUUCAGCUGGACCAGUAUGAGAACCACGGCCUGGUGCCCGACGGCGCUGUCUGCUCCGACCUCCCUUAUGCCUCCUGGUUCGAGUCCUUCUGCCAGUUCUCUCAGUACCGCUGCUCCAACCACGUCUACUACGCCAAGAGGGUCAGGUGCUCCCAGCCGGUCUCCAUCCUGUCAGUCAACAGUUUCAAGGAGCUGGAGUCUCCAGUGGAGGUGUCCCCCACCACAAUGACCUCACCCGUCACAUCCCACAUCAAAGCCACAGAGCGACAGUCGUUCCAGGCCUGGCCUGAGCGGCUCAGCAACAACGUGGAGGAGCUGCUGCAGUCCUCCUUGUCACUGGCUGGCCAGGAGCAAGCGGCUGGUCAUAAGCAGGAGCAAGGACAGGAGCAGCACAAGCAGGAUCCGACCCAGGAGCACAAGCAGGAUGAUGGGCAGGAGCAAGAAGAGCAGGAGGAAGAGCAAGAGGAGGAGGGGAAACAGGAAGAGGGCCAGAGUGUAGAGGACAUGCUGGGCAGGGUGGGCAGGGCCGGCCUGCGGAUAGGCUCCGAGCCCAAGCCACAGUCCCUGUCUCUGUCUUCCGACCCUCACUCCUUCACUGCCCGGGUCCGAGACGUGGACUCGGCUCCUAUGAUGAUAGAGAAUAUCCAGGAGCUCAUUCAGUCGGCCCAGGAAAUGGAGGAAAUGUACGAGGAGGAUGCCUACUGGAGAAGCCAGAACCACGGCAGCCUCCUGCAGCUGCCUCAUAAGGAGGCCUUGCUGGUGCUGUGCUAUUCCAUUGUGAUGAACAGCUGUGUCAUGACCCCCUCGGCCAAGGCCUGGAAGUACCUGGAGGAGGAGACCUUUGGUUUUGGGAAGUCGGUCUGUGACAACCUUGGACGGCGACACAUGGCACUCUGUCCCCUCUGUGCCUUCUGCUCUCUGAAGCUGGAGCAGUGCCACUCAGAGGCCAACCUGCAGCGGCAGCAGUGCGACGCAUCCCACAAGACACCUUUCAUCAGCUCCUUGCUCACAGCCCAGACCAUGUCCAUGGGCACCCAGGCGGGGACCUCGGAAUCUGGCCGCUUUUACGGGUUAGAUGUAUACGGUGGGCUCCGCAUGGAUUUCUGGUGUGCCCGGCUGGCCACAAAGGGCUGUGAAGACAUCCGGGUCUCCAGCUGGCUCCAGACGGAGUUCCUCAGCUUCCAUAACGGGGAUUUCCCCACCAAGGUUUGUGACACGGACUACAUCCAGUACCCAAACUACUGUUCCUUCAAAAGUCAACAGUGCCUGAUGAAAAACCGGAACCGGAAGGUGUCCCGUAUGAGAUGCAUGCAGAAUGAAACCUACAACGUGCUGACCCCUAGCAAAGGAGAGGACCUUGUGCUUCGAUGGAGCCAGGAGUUUAGCACGUUGGCUCUAAGCCGCUUUGGAUGAGAUGGGUCCGUUCUGUUCCCACCCCAGCUGGACCUUUCCACAUGCUUCAACCAUCACUUCAAAACUUCGUCUGUCAUUUGCUUCUGGGCUGCUCCCCUUGGAUCUCUUAUGUAGCUCGGAUGCACAUCUUCCCUGAGCUCUGGGCUGAUGAGAGCUCACCUGGCUUCAUGAAUGUCUUUACAUAAAGUUACUAUUUUCU